GCUACCAAAGAGUAGCAAGCUUGUUACUCUUUGAAUCAAACUCUAAGUUUAUCUUAUCAUGAGGGAUCCAAAGAAAUACUCGCUCUGAAUUGCUACAGUGAAUUUUUUAGAGAGAUUUAUUAUUAAACAGGUAAAUAGAACUCACAAUCUUUAUUAGACACUAAAUGCACCAUUUUUUAAACAAUAUUGGACGAACAAUUUUCAUUAGAUUAAGUCCAGAACGACUAGCUACUUUUUUCAAUUUGAAUUCAUUCCGAGUAUUUCUUGGGGACUCUUUAGUUUAUACAUUUAUCAGUUUACUAUUGUAAUGAGUUUAUUUGAAGCUUGUAUUUUGAGCUUUUGACCUUAACGUCGAACGGCAGUGGCAUUAAUAAAGUCUUUUUUUAUUCCGAUUUUAGUUGCUGUCUUGCUGUUUUGGUGCAUCUAUCUGGAAAAUGUAACAAAAAUUCAUGAUCGCAUGGAUAAAUUGUAUUAUUGAAAAGUACUUCAACUGACGAAAAAGAUUGAAAUGGGUUGGGAGAAAAUACGAUAAAUUUGCUUAGCUGUCGAUUCUACUUGAACAUCUACAAUUAAAAUUAUGAGAAAUCAACAGGAAAAAUGAUCCAUUAGUUUCGGAAAUAUUUACUCAACAGUUGAAGUUAACGUUUAACAUAGCAUGAGAUUGGAAUCAGGGUUGUCUGGUUCAGAGGAUAAUCCAGAUAUUUAUACCAUCAGUGAAUCGAGAGUCAUCUUUAGUCCACCUCUUAUGAUGUCAACAAUAAACAAUGAAAAUCAAGAAUUUACUUGGUACCGAAGAAAGAAACGAGAUCUUGAAAUCAAAUGGAUGCUGUUAUUAGCCAUUUCCAUUGCCCUGUCUUUAGUGCUUUCAAUAAUACUUCUUGGUAACUGCUUGAAAUAUGGACCAACCGUUUUAAGCAUAUCAUCAUGGCAAUCGGCUUUAUUAAGACACAUUAAAGGAAGCAAAACCUGGAAAGAUGCUGACAGUCAAGCAACUAAGAUUGACCAGGUCUGUGUUACUCCAGAAUGCUCAAAAAAAGCUGAAUCAAUAUUGAAAAGCCUUAAUCGCGAGGUUGCACCAUGUGAUGAUUUUUACGAAUUUGCUUGUGGUAAUUGGAUCAAGAAAAAUCCAUGUCCAGAUUUGUAUCCUUAUGUAUCGGUUAUUGAUACACUUAAUUCAAAACCAAUAGAACAAAUAAAAAGUCUUCUUGAGAAUGAGUCUGAUAGUAAUGAUGAACUCAUUACCAACAUUACUCGAUCGUAUUAUAAAAUGUGCAUGAAUGCUGAGGCAAUAUCUAAAAAAUCUAAUCAAAGUAUUCAUAAGAUAAUUGAACAAAUUGGCGAUUGGCCCAUGGCUACUAAUAAACAAUGGAAUCCUGUGGAUUUUGAUUGGAUGGAGGCAACUGUUAAGUUACGAUGGUUAGGAAUCAGCAGUGAUGCAUUCAUAAAAAUUCAACCUGUUAUUGACGUUUUCAAUAACACAAUCUAUCGUAUUGGGAUAAACGAACCUAAAUUAAGUUUAGACAGAAACCAACUGAUUGGCAAUAGUUCUGUGAUCAAGCAUUAUAUAAAUUUCAUGAAAAAAACAGCCUCUACAUACGGUGGUCAAAGGGAAAUGAUUGAACAUGAUGUAUAUGAAGUACUUGAAUUUGAACGAGAAUUAUCUUUGCUAACAAUGCCUGAAGAAGCUGUUCGCGAAUCUAUCAUGUUUUAUCGUUCCAUGACUGUUGCUGAUUUGAGUACAUUGGCUCCUUCGAUUCCAUGGGUUGAAUUUCUGUCGGGACUUAUUGGUAGAGAAAUCAGUGAUGAUCAAUUUUUAUUGGUUAAAAAUUUCAACGGUUUCAUUACUCGGUUAGAGUUGCUGUUGAAGAAAACUGAAGAAAGAGUUUUGGCCAAUUAUUUAAGCUGGACUGUGGUUAGAGCUCUUCUUCCAUAUUUAGGGCCUAAAUAUGACCAACUGGAGGUUGAAUUUUGGGAUGCAUUAUACGAUAAACAUAGUGAAACACCUCGUUGGGUCAAAUGUGUAGAUGAAGUCUCAAAUUACCUUGGACCUGCUUUACAAUCGAUGUAUGCCAGAGCUUUUUACUCUGAGUCUGUUAAAGAAACAGCUACUCGACUUGCAAUCAGUAUUGAACAAAUUUUCAAUGAAUCACUCAGUCAAAAUAAGUGGAUGGACAAUGAUACUAAAAUCCGAGCUAUGGACAAACUUGACAAUUUGAACAUGUUUAUUGCUUAUCCUGACGAUUUUCUCAAUGCAUCAUCUGUUUCCAAAAUGUUUGAAAAGAUGGAUUACAAUGAAGGAUCAAGUUAUCUUGAAAAUACCCUGAAUAUGUCUCUUUGGAACAUUAAUAUGCUACUUGAACGAGUUGAUCAACCUAAUGGAAGGAUUGAUUGGGCAAAAACUCAGAGAAUCAGCGAUGCUAAUGCUUUCUACUCAGCCAGUGACAAUGCAUUGUUUUUACCGAUGGGAAUAUUAACACCAGAAGUCUUUUCACCCAACUUACCAAGUUACCUUAAUUAUGGUACAAUUGGAUAUGCUGUUGGACAUGAAAUGAUUCACGGAUUUGAUAAUCUUGGACGUCAUUUUGAUAAAUCUGGCAAUCGUAAUAACUGGUGGACAAAUGAGAGUCAAGUUAGUUUUGAUGCCCAUUCUUCAUGCUUUGUGAAUCAAUACAGUAAAUACCAUUUAAUCAAUGAUAUCAAAUUGAAUGGUCAACUUUCCCUGGAUGAAAAUAUUGCUGAUAAUGGCGGUUUACACAUUGCUUAUCAAGCUUAUCAAUCAACGCGAAAAUAUAUAGACAUUGAAUUGAAAAUGCCUGGGUUAAAUUAUACUUCGGAUCAACUUUUCUGGAUAAGUUAUGCUCAGCUUUGGUGUGCAAAUUACAAAAAUUCAACUCUUGAAAUAGAAGGUGCCAACAGUAAUCAUGUUCCUGGAAGAUACAGAGUAAUUGGGUCCCUUUCCAACAAUGUAGAUUUUUCAAAUUCAUUUAAAUGUCCUAUUGGAUCGCCGAUGAAUCCCGAAAAGAAAUGUUUCCUGUGGUAAAGAAUCAAUAGUUUGAAUUGCAAAAAUAAAAUUCUCACGAAAAAAUCAAUUGAAAUAUUUCAUUUUUAAAGCCCAUGUAUGAUUCAAUCUAAAUGAACUUUUUACCAAACAAACAAGUAAUUUUUUUCAAAAUAAAGUGUUGUUAUUAA